CCUAUUUUUACGAAUUACUUUGGAAACUAUUUGAAUCAUAACUAUCGCAUAAAUGCUAAAUCUAUUUAGAGUGUAUACCUUUGUCAAUAAAUAUCCAAUUAUUAAAUUUAUCCAUGGCAAUGAUUGUCAGUUAUUGCACUCUCACGAUAAUGUUAGAAGUCCGAAUUGUAACUAUAAUAUUAUGUUUAUGAGUAUACUAUAUUUAGUAUCCAUAACAUUUGCAUCUGUAACAAUGGAACCAAUCCUCAUAGUUCAUGGUGGUGCUGGUGAUAUACCAGAUAGUCGAGUACAAGGCAAACUAGAUGGUAUUAGAGUUGCCGUGAGAGCUGGAAAUAAAAUAUUAAAAGAGGGAGGCACCGCCUUGGAUGCUGUUGAGGCUGCUGUGGUUUCCAUGGAGAAGGAUGAAUAUUUUAAUGCUGGCUACGGCUCGGUGUUAAACCUUCGUGGUGAAGUAGAAAUGGAGGCAAGUAUUAUGAGUGGAAAGAACCUUGAUGUGGGUGCUGUCACACUAAUUAAGGAUUUUGAACACCCAAUUAGUAUUGCCCACAAAGUUUUAUCUGAUUCACCCCAUUCAUUGCUUGGUGCAGAGGGUGCUAAAAUAUUUGCUCUGGAGAAGGGAUUUCAAACUGUGCCGCCAGAAUCACUUAUCAGUGAAAACGCUAAACACGCCCUCGAAGAGUUCCUGAAACACGGCGAAUUUGGUAGAACCGAAAUAGGUUUGAAGAAUGAGGGAGGUGUCGGAACAGUAGGUGCAGUUGCAAUUGACCGUAAUGGGGAUAUAGCGGUAGCUACCAGCACGGGAGGGAUGAGUGGAAAAGCUGUCGGUCGAAUUGGAGACACUCCGCAGAUAGGUAGCGGCACAUAUGCUGACAACCAUGUUGGAGGUGUUUCUACUACUGGUCACGGUGAAUCAAUAUUGAAAUAUUGUUUGGCUCAUAGUAUAAUUAAACUAAUGGAGGCUGGUAUUGAUGCAAACAUUGCUACAAAAACUGCUGUUGAUGGUAUGACGAAUCGUUUAAACAAUACAGCAGGAGCAAUAACUCUAUCAAAGAAUGGAGACGUAGGAAUACAUUUCAGUUCCAAUAGGAUGGCGUGGGCAUACAUUAAAAAUAAUAAACUUAUCUAUGGAAUUGAACAUAAUCAACAACUUGAGGACUAGUAUGAAGUUUGUUAUUGAAGUAAAAGAUUUUAUA